GCCGCCGCCGUACCACGUUCCCCACCCGCGGCUGCGUCACCGGGAGACACGUUCGCGGCCGGCGCGGAUCGAGCCCGGCCCUCCCGGAGAGCGCAGGCCGCGGGCCCAGACUGCCGCCCUGAGGCCCGCCGAGUGCACGACACCCUGGACGCCGCCGCGCCCCGCCUCCCAGCGGCUUGCGGGGCGCCCGAGGCGUUCGAGCGGCGUCUGACCCGCCCAGCCUCGGCCGGGAUUCGCCCAGCGGCCGGCGGCGGGACUAGAGGAGGAGAGCCCGUGCGCAGGCCUCGGGAGCCCUGCCUUCUGCUUCCACUCGGUCCAGUCCUUCCCACCAGCGCCACAGCAACAUCCUCAGAAUCUGAGCGAACUGCGCUCAGAACGGGCACAGAGCCUCUUAACUGCCAGAAACCUGCGGGGCCCCGGAGAAGACCGCAAGAGCAUUGACAGCGCCUCGCCACACCAGCCCACAGACCGCCAUGGCUAAGAGCCGCAGGGACAGAAACAGUUGGGGUGGGUUUUCAGAGAAGUCAAGUGACUGGAGCUCAGAAGAGGAGGAGCCAGUGAGAAAGGCAGGACCUGUCCAAGUCCUCAUCGUCAAGGACGACCAUUCCUUUGAGUUAGAUGAGGCUGCACUGAACCGGAUCCUUCUGUCUGAGGCCGUCAGAGACAAGGAGGUGGUCGCUGUGUCUGUUGCUGGAGCCUUUAGAAAAGGGAAGUCCUUCCUGAUGGACUUCAUGUUGCGGUACAUGUACAAUCAGGAAUCUGUUGACUGGGUUGGUGAUUACAAUGAACCUUUGACUGGAUUUUCAUGGAGAGGUGGAUCUGAACGAGAAACCACAGGAAUCCAGAUAUGGAGUGAAGUUUUCCUCAUCAAUAAGCUUGAUGGUAAAAAGGUUGCGGUGUUACUGAUGGAUACUCAGGGAACCUUUGACAGUCAGUCAACUUUGAGAGAUUCGGCCACAGUAUUUGCCCUUAGCACAAUGAUAAGCUCAAUACAGGUCUACAACUUGUCGCAGAAUGUCCAGGAGGACGAUCUCCAGCAUCUGCAGCUUUUCACUGAGUAUGGCAGGUUAGCAAUGGAAGAAACAUUCCUGAAGCCUUUCCAGAGUCUGAUAUUUCUUGUUCGAGACUGGAGUUUCCCAUACGAAUUUUCAUACGGAGCUGAUGGUGGCGCCAAGUUCUUGGAAAAACGCCUCAAGGUCUCAGGGAACCAGCAUGAAGAACUACAGAAUGUCAGGAAGCAUAUCCAUUCCUGUUUCACCAACAUUUCCUGUUUUCUCCUACCUCAUCCUGGCUUAAAAGUAGCUACGAACCCAAACUUUGAUGGAAAACUAAAAGAAAUAGAUGACGAAUUCAUCAAAAACUUGAAAAUACUGAUUCCGUGGCUCCUGAGUCCUGAGCGCCUAGAUAUUAAAGAGAUCAAUGGGAAUAAAAUCACCUGCCGAGGUCUGCUGGAGUACUUCAAGGCAUACAUAAAGAUCUACCAAGGUGAAGAGUUGCCACAUCCCAAGUCCAUGUUACAGGCCACAGCCGAGGCUAACAAUUUAGCAGCUGUUGCAACUGCCAAGGACACAUACAACAAGAAGAUGGAAGAGGUUUGUGGUGGUGAUAAACCAUUUUUGGCCCCUAACGACCUGCAAAGCAAGCACCUGCAGCUAAAAGAAGAAUCUGUGAAGUUAUUCCGAGGUGUGAAGAAGAUGGGUGGGGAAGAGUUCAGCCGGCGUUACCUUCAGCAGCUGGAGAGUGAAAUAGACGAACUCUACAUCCAGUAUAUUAAGCACAAUGACAGCAAAAAUAUCUUCCAUGCUGCUCGCACCCCAGCCACACUGUUCGUUGUCAUCUUUAUCACAUAUGUGAUUGCUGGUGUGACUGGAUUCAUUGGUUUGGACAUCAUAGCUAGCCUGUGCAACAUGAUCAUGGGACUGACACUUAUCACCCUGUGCACCUGGGCAUAUAUCCGCUACUCUGGUGAAUAUCGAGAGCUGGGCGCUGUAAUCGACCAGGUAGCUGCAGCUUUGUGGGACCAGGGAAGCACAAAUGAGGCGUUAUACAAGCUUUACAGUGCAGCAGCAACCCACAGACACCUGUGUCACCAAGCUUUCCCUGCACCCAAGUCAGAGCCUACUCAACAACCAGAAAAGAAGAAAAUGUAAUCUAAAAACAUGCAGGUGCAUGACCGUUUGUCAGCUAACUAUCAAAGCUUUUGUUUCCAUGCAAACAUGCAAAGUGCUUCCUUCAGAGUGAAAACCAAACACCCAAGGACUGGGACAGUUGACUUCUUUACGCCAGUGUUUAAUGGGCAGAUGUAUGUGUGCAUGGUUAUUUGUUAGUGUGCGGUGUCCUGAUUUCUGUCUUCAAACAUGCUGUUAUCAUUUCAGGUGUUUGUAAAUUUGAGGACAGUAGAUUUGUUCUGCUUGACUUUUCUAAGUUCUACUACUGGAUUAUAAUUAAAUAGUGUGUGGCAUUACUCUGGGUUUGGAUAUGCUCAUUUGAUUUCUAUAGAAAAUUUAAGUUAUUUUACAUAGCUAUUUGUUAAAGCACAGUAUAACUCGGCAGGCUUGAUUUUAAUCUAUAUAAUCUUAUACAUACCACAGGUUCUUACCUUGAAACAUAUUUGAGAGCUUCAAAGUUGCUUUACCAAAAACUACACAUUGUUUCUUUUAUAUCUUUAUGAAUAUAGAAUGUAAAUCUCUUGAUCAAAAAUGCACAAAAAUUGUUUUGUACAUGUGUUUGAGUUUCACUGCACUGUAUAUUUUUUCAUUUGGUACACCACAAAUGUAUUCUCAUAGGUUUAUUCUUUUAAUAUGUGAACUAUUAAACUUUACCGUUUCCUAACAUUAAA